AUGGCUGAUGAUGAUUCAAGUUUAUUAAAAGAAGACGGCUAUCUUAAUAUAGAUGCUGAAUGCAGAAGUAUAAUCUAUCAUCCUAAUUUAAACGUAUUGCUGAUAACAACUAGUAAUGCGCAAGUAUACGUGUUUGAUGUCAAUUUCGGGGUAAUUCUACAACGAAGUAUCAUAUCAGAUAAAGCUGAUGGAAAAUUACUGGGAGUUUAUCUCGCCGAUGGUGUAGACAAAAUAUUGUAUACAAAUGGCAAAGGAAUUGGCGUCAGAAGUGAUUACAACGGUGUUUUAUUGUUGGAUACUAUACUACAAACACCAGUCUCCAGAAGUGAAGAUAUAAUAAAAUUAGAAUUGUUGCUUUCUGAAGCUUGUUUAUUGCAUCAGUGUCUUAGAUUGGUAGAUCUACCUGGAGUUGAUCACGUGCACAGUGUACUACAGGAAUUGUGGAAUAAAAUUCUUGUUGCACAAGAAACUCAAAAAAAAGGCAUCAAAGCUCAAAAAUGGAAUAUAAUUUGUCUCGAACUGCCCCAUGGAGUACUCAAGCUUGUAUGUUCCGGGCUAGUGACCGAAUUAAAAAAACAAAACAAACACAUACCAGCAUUACCUAUUGCUUCUGCUAUUAAUGAACGUCUCAACGGCCUACUUCCUGGCUUUAUUUCGGAAAAUGGACCAGCUGACAAAGCUCCGAUGUUCAGUGAAGCAGCUAGACGAGAAACAUUUUUAAAAUGGCCUCACAUGAAUUACAAAUAUAAUAACCGAGAAAUGUUUCUCAGGUGGGCUUUACCUGGUCAGAUGGCACAAGCGGGAUUUUAUUACGAACCAAACGCAACAGCUGAAGAUAGAGCGAUGUGCUUCACAUGUAAUGUUUGUUUAGUAUGCUGGGAACCGACUGAUGAGCCUUGGUCUGAACACGAGCGUCAUUCACCUACUUGUCCCUUUGUUAGGGGGGAAUAUACGCAAAAUGUUCCAUUAUCAGUUACCCUUGCUACAGCCCCUGCCUGUGAAUCAAACGUUGAAAUUAUCAGUACAACAAACGUUCCCGGACUUAUUGCAACGGCAUCUCAUAGUGGUUUUGUUCAUAUUUGGGAUAUUAACAGUCAAUUAAAGAGUGAAACAUCAUUUUACAUUAGAUCAUGUAAUCAAGAUACUAAUAAUGUAGAUUCUUUACAAUUUUACGCUACAAAAAACUUAUCGAAUACUUAUUUGUCAAACCUCAACUCUGAGGGUGAAUCCCUGGGUGAUUUCAAAAGUGUAAAUUUUCAUAAAGUUCACUUAACAGCGCUAUCAAUUAUAGGCGGUCCGUUAAACGUAGAUGAACCAAAAUUUAAAUCAGCCUCUACUAAUUCUGCCACAAUUCCAGAAUGUACGGACAUGAAUAUUAUAUCAUGUUUAGUAUGUGGAAUUUCUGUCAUGAAUUCCGUCAAUAGUUCUUCACACCUACGGACACUGGAGAAUGUUUGGGCAAGUACUGACAUGGCGACAUCUUCAUCAUUAGUCCGUGCAAUGAAUAGUGUUAAUAGUGCUGCCAGUGAUAGUUUAGACAUAAUGAAAAUUGCAAGUGAUAACCAUGAAUCUGCUAAAUCUCAUUAUAUUGUUCUUUAUGAUUUUCACCACAAAGUCGCAACAUCGAAAGUAAACAAAGAAAAUGUUGAAAAACAUUUGAAAAUCAAAAAAACACCUUCAGGCACUGGAACUAGUUCCAGUUCUACAAGUGGUCGUCAAGAUAGCCUUUAUCAAGAGCUAUGUAUGAGUAAAUUACUCUAUGAAGUUCCAGUAAUAGAAGAAGUAGAUUCAGACAUGAUAGUGGGUGCACAUUUUGAUGGAAUUUUUUCAAAUAAAGAUGGUAGUUUGAAUGCAUCUUCAUCAAACACAUUGUAUCCAGCUUCACUUGGGUUAUAUGUACAACCUUCCACGACAAGUUCUACUCCUUAUGAUGCUAAUUUUAAUCUUAUCAAUGAACCUGAUCAACUAGCUUCUACAUCAGACGUCUCGGAAAUUCAUAAAAAAGUGUUAGACGUAACAAAAAAUGUGAAGUCUGAUCCUAUAGUCUUACAAAGUUUCGUAAUUGAUGCAGAUCCUUCUUUACGUAUAACUUUUGUUGGACCUACUAAAGACGGUAAACAUCUAUAUGUUGCACUUACCUACCAAUCAACAGAACAUACUACUUCAGACUCACCUUCCAACACAAAUAAAAUGGAUGUUGAUGAAGAAAGUGAAAUUUUUUCUUCAAAAAGUUACAUGUAUUGGGAUCAAAAUGAUGAUUCAUCAGAGAACAAAACAAUAAAUAGUGAAAAUCAUAAUUUUGUAGAUUCUGCAAAAGCUUUACUAUUAGUUUAUGCUUUAGAUUUUUCAGAAAAAGUUCCUAAAAUUAUAACUGAACCUGUUGUUAAACGCGAAUUAUCAGCAAAUCAAACACCUACAGCGCAUGUGUUUUUACCGUUACAAGAAAAAUACAAAUCAUAUUCAUCAAGUAAAAGUAAUAUAAAUAUUAAUGAACCACGGGGUCAAGUAGCUUUAGUCUGUAAAGACGGCGUAGUAAGAAUAUUAAACUUAGCGACCCUAAAAAUAGUAUCUGAAUCUCGACCAGAGGGAGAAAAAUUCAUAUCUGCAACGUAUUGCAGUCGACUAGAACGAUUAUGUGUUUGUACGAGUAAUGGAACUCUACGAUUUUUCAUUACAGCUGAUGAAGAUGAUUCUUUAGAAGGAAAGGAUGACAUUGAUGACAUAAACAUGAUGGUCACAGAAUCUGCAGUAUUAAAUCAUGAGCAAACUGCGCCAAGUACUUCGACUUCUUCAACAAUUUAUCAAGAAUUAAUAAUUGCGCACAGGCCAAAUUUAACCUGCUCAGAUUUACGAAGUUUAUAUGAUUUAACACGCUUUGAUAGACAGUCUCCUGCAUACAGUGCAACAGUCCCUUCAUGUUGGAGUGAAAUGAUGCAAGCUCAACGGCAAAGACGCUACCCACAACAUUUACAUCAAUCUGAAAAUCAACAUCAUACACGCACAUGGCGACUUCAAAAUGAUUCUACCACGUGGGAUGAGCAUAUAUUUGAAAUUACAUUACCCAGAAAAGUAGUUGGAAAUAUCGGACACAUAGAUGUUCGAUUCAGUCUUCAUUCUCCAUGUCUUGAGCCACCUAAUAUUCAAGUGACUCUUCUUAAACAAAAUAUCACGGGUCUUGGACAUCAAAAAUCACAUUUAACUCCAGUUGAUGAAAAAAUACAGUUUAAUUUAAAUAAUGAGCAAAAAGGAGAAAAUCCCAUUGUCAGUGAAGAAUUUCAACGACAACACAACACAGAAAUUCUUUGUGGACCAAUAAAUUUAAAACAUUGUAUGGAUCUUUCUGAUCAUUCAGGCUGUAUAACUCUCACUAGUCCGAAACUCUUUCGUACUAAGGCAAGAACACUACUUGUCCAUAUUAAAGCGCUAAUUGAUCCAGUUAAAGAUGGUGGAACAUCUACCUCAAAAUCUCGAGUCAAUUUACUUGAUAACAAACCUCCAACAACGAAGAAACAAAGAAUAGAUGAUGCUGGGCCUUUUUUUCCUGGUACUAACGUUGAAAGGUUUGCAGCUAAUGCUCAUAAAAAGUUGGAAUAUUAUAUUGGAUGUGAUUGGAUUCAUGAAAUUUCAAUUACUGUAAGAACUGUUCAAUCUACAAGUAUUCCGAAUGAACGUACUCAGCGAUGGGCAAUGUUAGACUCAUCGUUAUUUACAGAAAAUUUAGUAAACAUCGCAUGUUUACAAGGGGCUGAUAAAUCACUUAUCAUGCAAUCACUUGCAUUGGAUAUUCUAAUAUGGGUAACAUCUAUCAGACUUUUAAGACUACGUGUCGGACAAAAUGUUGUGGAAACAAAAGCUUUUCAAUUGGAUACAAUUCGAUGUAUUCAAGUACAUUUACCAGAACUUCUACGCACUUGUCUUUUCCAUGCUGGUAGAUCUAUAGCUCAUAAGUGCGUUAAGUUAAUAAUUAUAUGCAGUGAAGGUUUAAAAAAUCUAGAUGAUAAUACUUUGAAUUCAUUUGAUGAAGCUGUAUUAUCUGUUCUUAUCACACUCCUGCCUUCAAUUAUUAGUAUCCGAUGGGCAGGAUCUUUACGUUGGUUAACAGUUUUAAUUAACCGACUUUUACCACUUGAUCAAAAUCACAAUGUCACACAACAAUGCAUUAUAAUUCUUCAACGAAUUGCUGGAGAAAUGUCAAAUCGAGUUAAUCCAUACCACUUAUUACUUGCAACCAGAUUUGGUUUAUAUAAUAAUCCAUUUGAGACAAAAUUAUUCGACAUUGAAACUCCAAUGCCUCUUAAAUCCAAUUCUUUACCAUUAACUUAUGCAUCAGUCGUAACUGGUGAACAAACUUCGUCUACCAUAUCAAGUGGUGAUAUGUAUUCACAGGAUCAUAUUGAUUUACGAGAUUUACUAACAUUACCAAUACAUUCAAAUAGUGAACUUGUUGUGCCGAACAAACUAAAAUCUUUGUAUACAAAUCAUAGCACGAAAGGUUUAUUAGAGGCUGAACCAUUACAUUUCACAUGCCAUUCCGUUUCUGACGGUACCAAAAUGGAAAAAAUGGAUCCAGUGGGAAAUACUGUUAAUUUCACAAGUCUGUAUGAUAAUGUCACGAAUAAUGGUGUUCCAGAUCUCAAAACUGUUCAGCCAUCUUAUAGUUUGGAAGCCGAAUCGCUAGGGUCAAAUUUAAAAACUACGUGCGAACAGAAUCUAAAAGCUCUACUUACUCACUGUAAAGCUGAAAUGAAUAAAAAUCCAACGACACAAUUAUCGAUUAUAUCUGAUGAUCAAUCGGACAGUGAUGAAGUGAAUAUGACGAGAGAUGACCAAAAAUGGCACGUCAAUCAAACUGAUUCAUCCAAUUUAAAAAAUUUAACAUCCUCUAUUAUAAAAGAAAAAUCUUUCGCGUUGAAUAACAAUUCUACUGUGUCCAAUGUCGAUGAUAAUCAUAUAAAAAAGCGUGAAGAAAUCAAUUUCCCAUGGGCGCGAUUACUUAGCUUACCAUCACAACAAGCUUUAGUCGUGGAAAGGAUGCAUUCAGGAGCACGGCGAUUCAUCGUUUUAGAUUUUGGUUCUCCUGUAUUACUUACAGAUUUGAUGAUACCUUCUUGUAGUGAUUUGGUUUCACUUUCAAUAGACAUUUGGACAAAGAAUGAGGAAAAAGAUGGUAUUAGACUUGUUGUUGCUGGAGACAUUGGCACAAAACCUCUUAUUGUUAAUGAUCUUCAACCGCCGCCAGUAUGUAGAUUUUUAAAAAUCACAACAAUAGGUCGAUAUGGAAUGACAACAACAAGAUGUAAAAUACCUUUAGGAAUGUUUUAUGGGCACAUAGUAGUUUUGCCAGGAGAAGAUUAUUCUGACAUGUUCCAUGCACAAUCAAAUGAUAUUAAUCGUAAUGAUACAAAUUUGAUUGCAACUAUUGAUUCGCAAUGUAAUAUAUUAUCAACUUUAGCUGAAGACAUCCAAUGUCGAUUCAGUUUAGCUACUGAAAAACUCAAAGCUCUACUAGAUCCAUUAUUAUGUACUGAAACACCCAAUGUUGUGCAUAUGCAACACUAUCUUUCUCGAGGUAAAAAUCUUACAGAAAAUAAAGAACAACCAUCGAGUAAAAUUUUAUCUACAUAUCAAGAAUGUAUUGCAUUUCAACACCAAUUGAAUAUUAUUCGUGGUGUAUGGUGUCGACUGGAAAGUUGGAAAGGUGCUGAAAUGCCUUUGACAACGCAAUUGUCAAGUGUUCCAAGUGAUAAAUUAAGAAUUCUUGGCGAAACACUUUCUGAUAUUCUCCUUUAUACUAUACAUGAAAUUGAACCAAUUCCAACAGUUCCAUCAUCUAUCUGUGAGAUUUUUACUCCAUCCAUUUGUGAGCGAUUUUUCCACUCAAUUUGUGUGGUAACUCCAGCUCCACGAUUGCAACUUCACGCAGUUGCUUUAUUAGUUCGUAUGGCUGGACAUCAGCCAUGGUGGGGUAAUUUUUUAUCUAACACAUUGAUUAAUUUAUAUUCAUCAUCUUCCACGGAUAUUUUUCCACAAGAUAGGGUAUUCAUAUUAUUAACAUUCCUUGGACGAAAAUCCCUCAAUUCUGGAGCUAAUAAAUCGUCAGUAAUUGACGCAAUGGUUCGAACAUUGGGAAGAUUUUUAAUUCCAAUGUCUGAUUAUCAACCUUCCAAUGCAGCUCAGUUAGAUAUAAAUCUUAUUGGUUGGAUCCUUUUAUUUUUGUCCGUAUGUUUAGAUACAGCCACCACUUACUAUACAUAUUCUGACGAAAAUGGAAAGAGUAAAGAACAUGGUAUUUCUUCACGUUGGGAAUUUUUACAAGGUGAGUUAGCAAUGCAAAGAAAAUACGUCAAUGCUAGUCGUACAAACGCUUCACGUAAUUAUCGUAAAAAAUUACAAAAACGACUUAUGCAUCACAAACAACAAUUACAUGAUGGUGAUCCAGGAAAAAAGUACAUUCAUGUAUCAACUUCACAAGGUCUAGUUUGGUCGAGUGGACCACCAAUUUCUACAUUGUCAAAUAAGUUAGAAGUUCUAAAAAGUCAUGAAAAACACUUGAAGAAAACCCUCAAACAGCAUUCAGCAUUUCGACACUUUCGAGAUAUGAUGAAACGAAACGAUCUUCACCAUGUACCUCGUUCAAGUCGUAAUGCUAAUGCAUCAAAUUCAAAGUCAGAUAUUCUUGACGCAGAUGUCGACAACCUUUUAAAUUUGUCAUAUCAAUCUGUAUUACCAGUUGUAAGAGGACUCGUAGCUUUAAUUUUACAUAACACUGCAAAUAUAGAUAUGUUUUUAUUAUCUUGUAAAAUAAUUGCCAAACUAGUAAUAUCUACACGGCCUAUAAUCAGUUUGAAUGAUUUAAUGACAGAAGAUCAGCUAUCAAAAUUAAUAAAACUAUCUAUGAGCAAGUCAGAUGCAGCUUGGAUGUCACAUGCUGUUACUUGUCUUUUACAAGAUUUGUUUGAAAGUGGACGAUUAUUUUCAAAGCCGUUUUCAAUGCAAGAUAAUAUACAAACGGAAGAAAACUUUGAUGCCGCUGAGAGUGAAGAAGAACAAGGAGGGGAUGAUGAUUUAGCGGGAACGGCGGGAACAGGUGGAUCUGGAACGACAUUGGGAAAUGACGAAGGAUUCGCUGAAGGUGAAGUGGAUGAAGAUACACAAGAUAGUAUUCCUACGAUUCCACCUACACCAUCAACCUCAAAGUCAAAUGGAUUUGACUUGCCAUCAUUAUUAGAAUCUGAUGAUAGCGAACUUGAAGAUUUUCUCGACGACAUUUUAGAAAAAGGAAGAAAUAUGUUGAAAAAAGGAAACUCUGUUCCCAAAAUUCCACAAUCAGCAAGUUCAGGAAUAUCUUCAGCUCUUGAUGCCCGGUUAGAAUAUGGUGUAGAAAUGGGAGUAGAAAUAGCCUUAAGAAGAUAUUCAACUUUAGGAGCAUAUAAUUUACCGAGAAGUAUAAAUGCACCAAUUCAAGUGCCAAUAGAAACUAAUAGAUCAAAACAGUUUUUGUUGAGAAAUAUUGGAUCAACAGAAAGAAAUCACGAUAUGAGAACCUCUACUGAUUCAAUACCUAGUAGUCUAUCGAUGCUGAUGCGAUGCUUUGAUAAAAUAUUUACUGAUAUGUCAUUUCAAAAUUCUGGUAUAAAUUUAGAAUUAAUAUUACAAUUGUGGUUAACAUUAAAUUUAGAUGCGUCAAAAACUCCGUCUGCGAAUACUUCGAAUCAAUUUGAUCCAUCAUUAGUACCAGUUAUCCCCCUUAGCUCCACAGCAAUUUCUGGUCUUAUAUCAACUCUUCUUUGGCAUCCUGGAAUUUCUUUACGCGCAUGGUGUCUUGCUCUACAAACUCUGACACUAGCAAGUAAUGAACCAAUGCCAAGUGAUCAUAGUGAUCCAAGUAUAAAUACUCCUCUGGACGGAUUACUAGGUGGUAUGGCUUGUUGUAUUGUUAAAAAUCGUAAUAUAGGACCAGUACUUUUACGACUUCUUUCUGGUAAUGGUUUAAAUAUUGAACCACAUGAUAAACAAUGCAUGAUCGCUGGUCCUAAAAUAGGAGAAGCAUUACAAGAUUUUUUGCUCCGACUUGAGAUGCGUUGUGAUGUAAUUACACCGGGAAGUGUAUUGGGCAAUGCGUUGAAAGAACUUUUACUAUGGGUCGUUUACGAACUCAUCCAACCAGGAGGUGUUAUUGUCGCCCGUCGUGGUCCUCUUGAUGCACAAUGCAUUCUCAUAACUUCUCUUAUUAACCUAAAUUUCAUGAAUACAGACCUGGGAACUGCCAUGAGUAUAACAGAAUGUGUUGGAGUUUUAGUUUCUACUUACGUUCAAACUUCCAGAAUCGGCGCACAGUGUAGCGGUGCUGUAGACUCAACAAAUCAAUCUGGUGGGUUUGGUGGACUUUUUUCUGGCGUUCUUGGCGCAACUUCUAAACAAGGACGGCCUGCAUCAUGGGAUGCACUUAUUGUUGCUCUUGUAAAACUAGUUUGUAAACUCGUUCAAACACCGUUGCCUAAUCUACGUUUGUCACGUGUUGAAAAUCCAAUGAAUAUGGAAAUUGGUGACAUAAAUCAAAAAUCAGAUACAAGAAAUAUAGACCAAUGUGAAAAACUCAAUAGUUCACAAACAGAUGAGAGUAAAGUCGCCGAACAACAAACAUCAAUAAAAUCAAACCAAAGUAUAACUUCUAAACGUCGUCAUCCUUGUGUCGCAGACACAGUUUUACAACAUGAGCCAACAAUGAUAAGAUUACUUGGAGCAUUAGGACACAGUACAGGUUCAUCACUUGCAAUGUUAUUUGGAGAAGACUCUACGUCCAGCACAGUUCCUGAGCUUGGUGAUCCAAAUUCUAUUCCAGAUGCUACUUUUCAGCUUCUUAUGACUCUUGUCAAGAAAUCAACGAAUCCAACAUUUGUAUUAAACCCAUUGUAUCACUAUUUGUCAUCCUCUCAAGAACAAAUUAAUACGGUCCAUAAUUUUGGUGUUAUGCAACUUUCAGAGCCACUGCUUUGGUACAUUCUAAAAGUCUUAGACAAUGAAACAUCUUUAGCGAUAUUUACUGAAUUAGGUGGUGUUAAAAUAAUCUGUGAAAAUAUGGUAAAAUCUAGUAGUACAAAUUAUGGAUACGAAAACACUAAUAUAUUAACACCAGGAAUUAUUGCUCUUGUAAUGCAACAUCUAUCAAAUGUACCAAACCUAGCAAUAGCUACUGGUACGUCAAGUAAAAAACCAACAAGUAAUUUAGAAUCUCAUGAAGAAGGAUUAUUAAACUUUGCACCUCUUGGUACAAUAUCGUGGUUAAAACCUAUGGUAGAACCAGCUGAUGUAUUAAUUCAAAGUGCUGCACCUCAUAGACGAGCAAGAACUGCUGCUUGGUCUUAUCAUUUUUUCCCAGGUGAAGCUUGGAUUGAUCUCACAAUUACACUUCCAUGUGCUAUUCUUUUAAAAGAAGUAGAGCUUCAACCUCAUCUCACAGCAUUAGUUACCUGUCCUUCAGCUGUAGCGCUCGAGAUUUCUCGAGAAGCCAACUCUGAUUUUACACCGAUUUGUCCUCCAAUGCUUACCGCUGGCUUAACAUUUAUUCGACUUACUCUUGCGCAACCAGAAGUAACAUCAGCAGUUUUAGUACGUCUUUAUAAACCUCGAGAUUCAACUAAUAUCAGUCUUAGUCAAAUCAGGAUUUUGGGAACAACAGCAUUUGGUGAUAUUAAAUCCCGAAAUGAAACUAUCGAUGAAGAAAAACUGACUAAAAUGAGCUUAGGUUGGCUGAGACUGAUUUAUCAAUGUUUCUCAGUCAGUGCAUUAUCUUCAACAUUAUCUCAGAGUGUACUUGAUUCUGCAGCAUCAGUGACAGGUCUUAUUGAAGCCUGUUGUACACUUUUAUUACUUCCAGCGCCAUCAUUAUUCACAUCUAACUUAGAAAGAGUUCUUCUACAGCUUGGAUUGCAUUCUCGUGAACUUGGACUUCAAUUAAUCAGUUUACUUUUAAACAAUCGAUGUACCUUGUUAUUUCAAAAAUCUUUAUCAUCUCAAAAAACAUCAAUAAUACAAUUAAUAAUAGAGCUACUUCAACAGUUAUGUAACAGUCAAGAUGAUAAUACUGAAGCUCGUAUAAUAGCUGUACUCACAUGGCUUCAUACAUCUUCGAUGAAUAGUAUUACACAAGCUCCUCACAAUAAUCCAAACGUUAUCAAUCCACCUGCAGCUUAUAUUCAUUGUAUUUCAACAAUAAUUUGGGAAGCGCAACAAAUUGAAAAUCGUACGUAUAAUCUAGAAAGUAUGUUAACUGAUGAUCUUUUUGAUUCUCUUUAUCAAUGGACUCUUUUGUUACAACCAAAUUCUGCAUUAAAACAAUCAAUUGAUGCGACUCUAUGCGCUUUUUGUUAUGUCAGACCAUCUUUAUUUACUAUACUUUUGCAAAAAGUUCGUAUUCUUGUACCGAAUUUAGCGACAGAUCAAUUUGCAUCAGUAUCAGAUGAUCGCAAAGAAAGUGAUGGUCAAACGGAUGAUAAAAAAAGUGAAGCUAAUACAGAAGAAUGGUAUUGUCGCUUACAUAUAUCUGAAUGUAAGCAUCUAGAAUUAACCGAAGGACAAUUAUUAACUGUUGCAACUGCAGCACGUUCAACUCCUGGAAUUCAACAACUAAUUGAUUCAGGUCUUCCAUCUCUUUUAGUUAAUACCAUUGUAGCCUUUUGUAAAAUUCAUAUGAAGAUUAUAAAAGAGCAAAAUAGUACACUUGAUGUUAAUAAGUGUCAUAGCAGAAGUAAUGUAAAUAGUGGAUUAACUGAUAAUGAUAAAGCUGGUGAAACCGUUUACCAAACCCAGAAUAUUAGUGGACUGAAUAUGUAUAAUCCAGAUAGUAUUGCAACAGUAGUUGAAUUUUUAACUUUAGUUUGUUCAGAGGGUAAAAUGCGAGAUUGGUUAGGUGAAGAAGGUCGUAUUUUUUGGUUACCUCUUGUUACUUUAUUAAAUAGCAAACCUGUUGAAAGUCCAUCUACAUCUUUUGCUGAAGUAAAUGUAUCGUACACUAAAUUGGAAAAUGCUACAAUUAAAUUUCUUUCAAAAUGUUGUUGGUGUCAUCCGCACAAUCAAAAAUUACUUGCUGAAUUAUUGACUGAUGUUAUUUCACAAGAGCGAAUUUCUCCUUUUAACAUGAAAUAUCUACUUGGUAUUUCUGGAUUCACUCGACGGUUGAUUCUUCAAUUGUUAUUAGAAGAGGAGAAAGUAUUAGUGUCUGUAGUAUCAGAUGUUCCAAUGUCAAACAAUGCAUCAAAUCAAACUAUACGAUCAAUGUUUCCUCAUCCAGCUCAUCCAUUAGGGCAUUAUCAUCAAUUGCUUUAUAUUUCAACGCAAUCAACAAUGGCGGACAUUUUACAACAAGUUUCAGUUUUCGAAAUUAAAGAUUUUAAAUACAACAAAUCUCACAUCUGUGGUAACACAGGUUCUUGGCUCACUUUGCUACUACCUAAUAACUUUAAGGAGAAUGAAACUAUUACAACCGGAACAAAGUGUUCGCGGGAGCUUUGGGAAUCAAGUCUGGUUUUGGUGGUGGACAAAUUAAGUGUUGCAGCUGGAAAUACUGCCAAGGAUAAACGAGCUAAAGAAGCUUCGAAUAAAUCACAAGCUCGUGGACCUACUAUAAGAAAAUCCCGUGUAGACUCGGAUGUAACUUCAUCAUCAUCAUCAUCGUCAAAAAGUACAACCACUAGUACUCAAGACAGUUCUAUAAAUUCGUUAACUCAACAAUAUUUAUCCCACUCGUCUCGGCCGAACGUAGUUUUACCAUCAUCACUAAGUAUUGCACAGUUACUUGCAAUAGCAGAAGACAAUGGAUUAUCUUUAUCAAGUCCAUAUUUACACCUGGUACUUCAUCAACGUAACAAAGACAACAAAGAUGAUUCAAUUAAAUUAGAUGACAGUGAUUUAUUGACUUAUCGUUGUAUAGAAAGUGCUUUAAGUGUUUUCAGUGCAACUGGAGGUCUCGCAGUAUUAGCAAAACAUCUUCCUCUUAUUUAUCCUGAUUCAAGUCAACCUCGAGCAUUCAUAGAAAAGACCUCGCUACCUGAACAAACUGAGACUGAAUGGGUGAAAGUCGAAACCAAUGAAGAUGUUUAUGAAGAUUUAGAGGAAGGUGGAAAUUUACAUUCAUCUCGGGCAACUUCUUCAGUUCCCCAUGUACCACUGCAUUCCUUAACGGCAUUUGGAUUAUUCCUUAGACUUCCCGGUUAUGCUGAAGUAUUACUAAAAAACAGAAAGCAAGCACAAUGUUUGUUACGACUGGCUUUAGGUGUAGUAGAUGAUGGAGAAGGUGGAGAUGUAUUCAACUCACAAAUAGCUAGUUCCUUACCAACUUUACCUUUUCAAGUUUUAAAACAACUAUUAAAAGCAACACCUUUGACAACUGACGAUGGUUUAUUACUCCGACGAACUAUGGUUGAUAUUGGUGCGAUUCUUUUACUACUUAAUUGUUUGGCAAUCUUUACUCAUCAAACAGGAUACAAUGAGUUAUCAGACCAAAAAAAUAGUCAAACCAAUAGCCGUAGCGAUGACAAAUCUCAUUUGUAUUGGGCAAAAGGUACUGGAUUUGGAACAGGAUCAACUCAACAAUCUUGGAAUGUAGAACAAGCACUGUUACGUCAGCGUUCGGAAGAAGAGCAUGUUACUAUUCUUCUUCGAGUAUUAGCAAGCUACGUUGGUUCUGGAAGUCAUCCACAACGUGAACUUCCUGCGACUUUUGCCGAGCUUAUAUCCCGAUCGUGCCUUCUUCCAGCGUUAUCAUCGUAUUUGAGAAAUGAUUCAGUUUUAGACAUGGCACGUCAUAUUCCACUGUACCGCGCAGUUCUUCAAUUACUACGCUCAAUGGCACUAUCUCCGCAAUUAGCUUUAUUGUUACUGCCAAGAAUUGGUAAAUCAAAUGAUCCAUCUAUUGUUUCACUUCUUUCUACUAUGAGAAUUUGUGUAGAUACAUACGUUCAUAAAAUCAAUCGUUCGCGUAGUAAUAAAUUAAAAGGUAUUAUUAAGUACCCAGACGAUACAGAGCAAGAUGAAGGAUUAACAACAUUAAUACCUGAUAUCCAAGAAAGUGCAACAUUAGUGCAAAAUGCGACUUCAAGACUUGUUGUUAUUGGUGAAGAGCUUGUCAGUCCAAGCCCUACUGUUACUGAAUUACCUUUAAAAUCCAUAGAACAACGGUAUUUAGAUGUGAUGAAAAAUCUUCAAUUUGACACAUAUGAAAUGAUAUCAGAAAAUUCUGAUGGUAGUGGAUACCGAUUUGCAGUAUCUUAUCAUUUUGAGUCAAAUAUGAGAGCGGCGGGAGAUAGAAGUCAUCCUAUAAGAGUCAAAAGAUUAGCUCAAGAAGCUGUAACAUUGUCGACCGCUUUGCCAUUAUCUUAUAGUAGUAGUGUCUUUGUUCGAUGCGAUACUGAUAGAUUAGAUAUUAUGAAAGUUCUAAUAACAGGUCCAGCAGAAACACCAUAUGCCAAUGGUUGUUUUGAAUUUGAUGUUUAUUUUCCACCUGAAUAUCCAAACAGCCCAAUGCUAAUCAAUCUUGAAACAACUGGUCGACACACUGUACGAUUCAACCCUAAUUUGUAUAAUGAUGGGAAAGUUUGCCUCAGUGUACUGAAUACUUGGCAUGGCAGACCCGAAGAAAAAUGGAACGCUCAUACUAGUAGUUUUCUACAGGUUUUGGUGUCCAUUCAAUCUUUAAUCUUAGUACCCGAACCUUAUUUUAACGAACCAGGUUAUGAAAGGUCUCGCGGAACUGCUAGUGGUGCUCAAUCUAGUCAAGAAUAUAAUGCUAAUAUUUGUUUGGCGACUGUUAAAUGGGCAAUGCUUGAUCAAAUUAAAAAUCCAUGCCCAUGUUUUAAAGAUGUUAUUCACACGCAUUUCUGGAUAAAGAGACAUGAAAUAGUAGCCCAAUUAGAAAGUUGGAUUAUGGACAUGGAAACGUAUGGAUCUGAUAAACGUUCUGCUCGUACGAUUUCCCUUAAUGCUUUGGCUUUGAAGAGACACUAUAGACUUUUGAGAGACGCUCUUAAUAAACUGCCAACACCUCAGGGCCUUGAAGAUCUAGUUGAACCUUUGCAAUCUCCAAGCUCACCAUUAGAAAUGUCUGGGACGCCAAAUACACCGCCAACAAAUACAUCAUCAACAGUGACAAUAGCUACUCCGGUAACUAAUGUCGGAGGCAGCAAUCACAUUCAUCAUGAAAUUGAUACAGAUGUUGAAAUGGAGAAAAUGGUAUCAAAUGUUUGUGAAUAG